CACAGAUCUUCGUUCCGACGUGGCAUUACAAGUCGGAUUCUAUUCCUCCGUCGCCGCGUUGCCCGUUCCACCGUUACUGUAACGCUCGCCACGCAGGCAGUUACAAAACCUCACUGUUUUGCGUUUUGACUCGCUCUUUCCCUAUUCCCUCGCAACUUCACCCGCUAUUGCGCGAAGAAGGAGAACUCCCGCGAAGCCCUAGACACUAGAGGUAGCCAGGUAUGCUACUUCUCCACCUUCUCGCCUCACUUCUGCAGUUCUGCUUGCUUUGCUUCCUCCCUUCCAUCGCCGUUUGGUUUCCAGGAAAAUCUAGGGCAAAGUGUGAACUUUUGGUUCCUUUUUUUCUUGGGUGUAGUUCCCCUGCGUUUGGUUUUACAAAAAACGAGUCAGAGAGAUGCGGAAAGUAACAAAUAGCUGUAAUGGGUCGAGCGAGAACUUGACUUUGUUGGUUAAAGGUCAAUUCUUUUUUAGAUGGGGGCACAGUAAAGAACGAGAAAUUGAUUUCUUACCGGUUCCCCCAGUAAAGUUUCGAUCUUUCAUUGUAGUAAUGUCGUAAAGGUUGAGAAUUUCGAGUUUUAGGGUUUGGUUCUCACUGGACAGCCAUAGUUUUUGGACGUUAUGUGACCUGCAUUUGCGUUUGGUUCCUUAAUUUCAACUGCUAUUAUAGCUCCUUUGGUUUCAAUUUUAUGAACGAAUAGUUAGCAAGGAGGGUGCAAGUCUUUUUGAUGUCUAGUAUCUGAUUCAAGGCAUGGCGAUGAAUGAUGAAGUGGAAAGCAAAACUCCAAAGCUUGAAGUGUUGGAGGGAAGUGAACCGGUUUCGAGGUGUUAUGAAUCGGAAGAGAUGAUUAAGAAUGCUGAAGUGAGAAUUAGAGGAUUGGAAAGAGAGAUUGAAACCAGGAAGAGCGAGUAUCAAGAACUGGAAGGGAAGUAUAAGGCGCUGCAACUUAGAAUUGUGGAAAUUGAAGAUGAACUCAAAGCUCUGAAAGCAAGAGAAGUGGAGGAGGAGGACAACGAGCUGUUUCACAUUGAGAAUGUUACCCUGGAAUGUGAGAAGAAGAAGGCUGAAAGUGAGGUCGAAAUUGGGAAACGUAAGUACCAGGAAUUGAAGUCUAUAGUGGGAAGAAUUACCAACAACAUUGAAGAUGGGCAUGUUGCUGCUGGAGCUACUUCUGACAUUUAUAGAACACCUUGUAGCAAUCUGCCAAGCAAUGAUGAGUCCCUUUUUGGAGGAAACAAAUCCAGAGGGAGAAGUGGUAGACAAGCUAGAAGACAUGUAUUAUUUGAGAAAGAAAAGGAUUCCAUCAGGAAGAAGGCUCCAACAACUCCUACAGAUCCCAAAGUUAAUUGGUCUGGCAUCAUCAAUAUAGAUGACAGUGACGACGAACCUAAUUUUAGUGAUGAAAAGGAGAAAUCAUCCGAAACCCGUUCGAAGAGCAGAGUUAAUGAUUUCAGCCUUAACGACAGUAUGGACGUGUGCGUCGGUACUAAUUUGUGUGCCACUGCUACUCCCAAGAGGAAGAGAGCUGCAAACGUGGUUGCUACUGAUAGUGAGAGUGAGGAUGAUGAUAUUCCACUGUCUCAACGGAAGGCAAAGCGUUUUCGCAAAGUGAGCUGUGAUGCAAAUGGCUUGUCAAAGGCUGCUUCACUUUCUGCGAGUGACGAUGAUGAUGUGAGGGACACUGUGACCCCUCGAAGGCGGCGGUUAAAGAGAAUGGGUGAUUCCAGUAGAAAAUCUGAUUCUCAACAGCUUGCUUCAAUUGAGACUAACUGUGAAAGCAAAUACGAAAGAGGAAUUCCUACGACGGCGGAUGGUGCUGAAGAUUCAGACAGUACAACAGAUGAAGAAGAGGGUUCUGGCAGUUCAGAUGACAGCAUGAAGGAAUUUAUCGUUGAGAGUUCUAAUGCGUCACUUUCUGAUGGUGACACCUGUUCCACGGAAGGCAGUGCUGAUAUCGGAGUGGAAAUGAAAGAUAUCGUGUCUAAGCUUCAAAGAAGCAGGAAUCAGAAGUUCAACUGGGAGUCAGUGGGUGAAUUGCAAUCAGACUUUGGCAAAGAUAAUGAGCUUUGCAUGAGAGCUGUUUGUGCUCUUUACCGACAGCAAACUUGUGACGAACAAGUUGCAAAGAAUACAUUCCACUCCAAUAAACGAGGAUUCAGUCAAUCUCAUGGUUCCAGGGCCUCCAAGAUAGCAGCGUUUCUGAUUGAUUCCAACGGUGAUCUGAGCAAGUCUGUGGAGGAAUUGCGAGCAUAUGAUCCCAAGGCAGUUGACAAGUGCAGAGAUUGGGCGUUGCACUAUGCGAAUCAACUGUUCAACAUUUACAAGAGUGGGGAGGAUCCUUUCUUCCCUCCUGCAGUGGAUAACAAGUAAAGCCAGAGCACGAGCUUUGCCUGCUAGUGACUCGAAGUCUCCUGGAAAGCCUCACCUUCUUAAAGGAAAGUUGUCGCUUAUUUUGUAUGUAAUGCUAUUAGUCUAACUAGCUAAUCGAGGCUCCAACACCUGCUUUGUUUUGGAUAUUAGCAUCUAUGAACUCAUGUAUGAGUUAUGACUGGUCUCCAGUAGGAAACUUAGAACCGAUGAAUGGAAUGUGUAACAGUAUGAUUGUGAAAGCCGUUUAUCUUGAAUAUGGCCAUCUUUCCAUUUAUGUAACGACGUCGUUAUGUUCAUUGAUUCGUCGAAUUAGAGUCUCAGUUCCAGGUUCCAACGUGGCAUUACAUAGUGGGACCCACCUCCCCCACCAUCUUCAGGUCACCGGGUCGACCGUUACUGUUUGUUCUCGGCAGGCGCCACGCAGGCAGUUAUAAAAACUCCACUUUUCAUUGGCUCUCGCUUCUUUCCACGUUCAGUCGCAAUUUCCACUACUCUUUGCUCGAAGAAGAAAGUUUCCCACGAAGCCCUUGUCCCUAGAGGUGGCCAAUCCACGUAAGUUUUGGAAACGAAUGUACCACAAAUUUUGAAGUCGAGGAUACGAAGAAGUUUUGACGACAGGAUGUCGACUGAAGAUGGAAAACCAUGUAGCAAUCUUGCGAGCAAACAGAAGUCCUAUAUCAGAGGGCAGAAAUUAAGAGUAGGAUGUGUUGGUCAAGUUAGAAGACAGUUAUCAUUUGAAGAAAAAGAAGAAGAAUAUUUACUGCGAAAGAUAGCUCCAUCGACUCCUAGAGAUCCCAAAGGUGCUUGUUCUGGCGUCAUUCAUUUAGAGGGCAGUGAUAACAAACCUGAUGAUAGUGAUGAAAAGGCAAAAGCACUUGAAACCAGUUUGGAGAGCAAAUCUAAUGAUCACUGGCUUGAAGAUGGUAUGGAUGUGUGUAAUGUUAGCACCCCGUGUGCGUUUAUGCUCAAAAGGAAGAGAGCUGCAAACAUGGUUAUUGGUGAUAGUGAGAGCGAUGAUGAUAACCUUACAAUAUCUCAGGUCAUGUCAAAGCGUUUGGCCAAAGCCAAUUGUGGUGCAAAUGGCUUAUCAAUUACUAUGCAUUCGCCUUCAACCAGUGAUGAUGAUGAUGAUGAUAAUGAUAAUGAUGAUCAGGAUGUGAUAGAUGCAGCAACCCCUGGUAGGAGGCGGUGGAGGGGAAGAGUUGAUGAGCCUAAUAAUGGAACCAAACACGAACAAGGGAUUUCCAAAACUAUGGAUGAUGCUGAUGCUGAUGCUGCUGAGGAAGCAGAGGGUUCUGAGGUUUCAGGUGACAGCAUUAAGGAAGAAGAGGGUUCUGAUGUGGACUCAAAAGAAGAGGGUCCAGAUGAUGUUUCAGGUGAUAGCAUUGAGGAAUUUAGCGACAAGAGUUCUGAUAAUAGUGAUGGUUCUGAUUGCGACAAGCAGAUGGAAAAGAUUGUGUCUUGGCUUAGCAGAAGAAGUAACAAGGUUCGGGAGUUCAACUGGAAGCUAUCAGGUGAGAUGCUUCGAGAUUUGUGGGAAGAUGAUGAACUGUGCAUGAGUGCUGUUUGUGCUAUUUACCGACGGCAAACUGAUAAUGAACAAUGCACCAAGAGUACAGUCGAUAAAAAUCACCGAGGAUUCAGCCAGCCUGAAGCUUACAUGUAAGACAUCUUAAGAAAGUCUGUGGAGGAAUUGCAGGCAUAUAAACCUAAGAAAUUCGAAGCUUUUGACAGAGUUGACGUAUGCAGACGCUUGGCUAUGAAAUACUCGAACCAGCUGUUCGAUAUUUACAGGAAUAAAGAGGACCGUUUCUUCCUACCUGCCUUGGACAACAAGUAAAGCCUCUGGUGUGAGAUUUUACCUUUUGGUGAUUGUAACUCUGGAAACCCUCUCUCUUCUUAGAAGGAACAUCAGUGCUUAUUUGUAUGUAGUCUUAUUAGUCUAGCUAACCUAAUUCAGGCUCCAACACCUGUUUUCUUUUUGGCAAGCAAUGCAUAUAUAACUGGUCUUCCGUAGGAAAACCCGAGCUUCUUUUGUAUGUAGUCCAAUUAGUCUAGGCUGGAUGGACUCGUGAAUAGCUGGUCCUCUGUAGAAAACUCAUGAUCAAUGAAUGGAAUAUGUACAGUAUGAUAACGAA